AUGUCGAUAGUUGCUGUCCUCCGCGGUGACGCGAAGAUCUCUGGUACUGUCACCUUCGAGCAGGCCGACGAGAACGCCCCCACCACCAUCUCCUGGAACAUCACCGGCCACGACGCCAACGCCGAGCGUGCUUUCCACGUCCACCAGUUCGGUGACAACACCAACGGCUGCACCUCCGCCGGCCCUCACUUCAACCCCUUCGGCAAGCCCCACGGUGCUCCCACCGAUGCCGACCGCCACGUUGGUGACCUGGGCAACUUCAAGACCGAUGCCGAGGGUAACUCCGUUGGCACCACUCAGGACAAGCUCGUCAAGCUGAUUGGCGCUGAGAGCGUUCUGGGCCGCACCCUGGUCGUCCACGCCGGCACUGAUGAUCUCGGCCGUGGUGGCAACGAGGAGUCCAAGAAGACUGGUAACGCUGGUCUCCGCCCGGCCUGCGGUCUCCCGCUCCGAUCAUUCCAUUCGAAUUGGUCCUUUUAUCUUUUCUCUCCUCUUUGGUUUUCUCCUCGGUUCUCUCUAUCGCGGUGUUCUCCUCCCAGCAUGCCUUUCGAAGCCCGCGUCAAGUCCGUUCUGUCGGGCGACACGGUCGUGCUGUCGCAUGUCGCCAACCCUACACAAGAACGGAUCCUGAGUUUGGCCUAUGUCUCUGCGCCGCGCCUUAGGAGGGAGGGCGAUGAGGCAUUCGGCUUCCAAUCCCGUGAAUUCCUACGUGAGCUUCUGGUCGGCAAAGUCAUUCGCUUCGAAGUCAUCUAUUCCAUCCCUACUGGCGCUAAACGUGAAUAUGGUAUAAUUACCCUCCCCGGUCACAACGCCCAGCUGCCCGAUAUCAGUGUCCAAGAGGGUUGGACCCGAGUCCGUGAGGAGGCUGGCAAGCGUGGAGAUGAGUCGGAGGUCACCCUGGGAUUGCUGGACCGAUUGCGGGCGCUGGAGUCGCUCGCCCAGGAUGAAAAGAAGGGUGUCUGGUCCGGCUCCGAUAAGGGACUCAUCGAGACAAGCUACGAAUUGGCCAAUGGACAGGCUCUCGUCAACGAACACAAGGGUCAACAGUUGGAGGGUAUCAUUGAGAAGGUCCUGAAUGGAGACCGUGUCGUGCUGCGUCUCCUGAUUGCGCCUCAGGAGCAUCUGCAGACCGUCGUUGCGGUUGCCGGUAUCCGGGCUCCGGCUGCCAAGCGGACCACCGCUGACGGCAAGGAGCAGGCUGGUGAGCCGUUUGGUGAUGAGGCUUUCCAGUUCUUCGAGUCGCGCCUGUUGCAGCGCAAGGUCAAGGUCUCCCUCCUUGGCGUGACGCCCCAAGGCCAGCUGGUCGCUUCUCUCCUCCACCCCAACGGAAACAUCGCCCGCUUCCUCCUUGAGGAGGGCCUCGCCCGCUGCCAGGACCACCACGUUACCCUUCUCGGUCAGGAUAUGGCUAUUCUCCGCCAGGCUGAGCGCUCAGCGAAGGAUGCUCGCAAGGGUGUUUUCACCGGACACGUUGGACCCAAGACCUCCGGCGCCGCUGCUGUGGAUUACAUUGUCAGCCGUGUGCUGAACGCCGACACUUUGUUCCUUCGCAGCAAGGCUGGCCAGGAAAAGAAGAUCAGCCUGACUAGCAUCCGUCAACCCAAGCCCUCCGACCCUAAGCAGGCUCCAUUUGCUGCUGAGGCCAAGGAGUACCUGCGCAAGCGUGUUAUUGCCAAGAACGUCAAGGUUACUGUGAAUGGCAAGAAGCCCGCCAACGAGGGAUAUGAGGAGCGCGAGGUUGCCACUGUUGUCCAGGGCAACACCAACGUUGGACUGGCGCUUGUUGAGGCCGGCUAUGCCUCUGUCAUCCGGCACCGCAUGGACGAUGACGACCGCUCGCCUGACUACGAUGCCCUGUUGGCUGCCGAGGCUGAUGCUCAGAGGGAGGGCCGCGGCAUGUGGUCGCCCAAGCCGCCCAAGGCUAAGCAGGUCGUGGACUACUCGGAGAGUGUUCAGAAGGCCAAGCUGGAGGUUGGUGUUCUCCAACGGUCGAAGCGCAUUCCGGCUGUUGUCGACUUUGUCAAGUCUGGCUCCCGCUUUACUGUGAUCGUGCCUCGCGAGAAUGCCAAGUUGACUCUUGUUCUCUCAGGCAUUCGUGCCCCCGAUCUGCCCGCGGGCCGGGCGAGGCCGGAAGCUCACGACCUGGCUAACCGCCGCUGCAUGCAGCGCGAUGUUGAGAUUGAUGUUGAGACCAUUGACAAGGUCGGUGGUUUCAUCGGUACACUGUACGUUGGCAAGGAGAACUUCACCAAGGUUCUGCUGGAGGAGGGUCUGGCUACUGUGCAUGCCUACUCGGCUGAGCAGUCCGGCAAUGCCAAUGCUUACUUCGCCGCUGAGGAGCGGGCCAAGGAAGCCCGCAAGGGUCUGUGGCACGAUUGGGACCCUAGCAAGGAGGCUGCUGCUGCCGAGGAGUCUGAGGCUGCUAACGGCACUGGCAACGAGAGCGAGGCUGCUGCUCCUAGCCAGCGCCGCAAGGACUAUCGCGACGUCAUGGUCACCUUCGUUGACCCUAGCAAUGGACGCCUGAAGCUUCAGCAGAUUGGUGCCGGCACUAGCGCCCUGACCGAGCUCAUGUCUGCAUUCCGAUCUUUCCACAUCAAUAAGGCCAACGACACUCCGCUGCCUGGUCCUCCCAAGGCUGGCGACUGGGUUGCCGCCAAGUUUUCCGAGGACGGCGAUUGGUACCGUGCUAAGGUGCGCCGUAACGAUCGCGAGAAGAAGGAGGCUGAGGUGGUCUACGUCGACUACGGCAACUCGGAGUCCCUGCCCUGGUCUAGCCUGCGCCCCCUCACUCAGCCACAGUUCUCGAGCCAGAAGCUGCGCCCACAAGCCCUUGACGCUGUCCUCUCUCUUCUUCAGUUCCCCACUUCCCCGGACUAUCUCGAGGACGCCGUCGCCUUUGUUGGUGAGCAGACCGGCAACCGCCAGCUGGUGGCUAACGUGGACCACAUCGAGCCCGAUGGUACUCUGCACGUCACUCUUCUCGACCCGAGUGUCUCCAAGAGCCUCGACCAGAGCAUUAACGCGGACAUCGUCCUUGAAGGUAUGGCCAUGGUCCCUCGCAAGUUGAAGGCUUGGGAGCGUGCCUCUGCCGACACACUGGCCAACCUGCGCGAGCUCGAGGAGGAGGCCAAGGCUGAGCGCCGGGGAAUGUGGGAGUACGGUGAUCUGACCGAGGAUUAA